CGAUUCUUAGUUUUGAUCGAAAUCCAACUCACCCUCAUCAUUAACUCUUCUUCCUCAACCAGACAUCGUCUGCACAUAGACCUCCAACAAUGGCGCAGCCGAUCCAAAACGAUGUCCCGAAUGUGGUCUCUCUGCAUUCAGCUUGUCACAACCUCAAAAACCUCAUCAAAGAAUCCAUCGCCAUUGAUGCAUCCUACAACAAAAUCAACGACAAGUUCGAGGCUAUGCAUCAAACGCUAAACCUCGCCUCCAAACGCGUCGCGCCGCUGCAGUCGCUCUCGAUCGCAAACAAAGCUCUCGACGCGAGAAUCACCCGCGCCGUCGCCCCGGCCUUGUCCCUCCUCGCCGCCUUCAAAAUCUUCGAAUCCCUUCAACAUAAGCUUCUCCGAAUCGCGUCGAAGCUCCCGUCCGACAAGAGAUCGUACGCGAGGCUCGAGAAGCUGGUCGAGUACAUCGACUGCGUCGACAAGUUAAACGAGUCGAUCGCUUCGAUCGGCCGGGAGUGCGAGCCUGCGAUCCAGAAGCUGCAAGAAGUCGUGGAGUUCUUGAGCCGGACGAAGGCGACGGAUCAUUACCAGACGCGUCGGCUGCGCGAGACUUUGUUGACACUGAAGGCGGUCUGCGAGACGGAGAUUGUCUCGAUGAAGUUCGAGGGGUUGCUCGACGACGCGCUGCUGAACUUGCAGGACGAGUACGAGAAGUUGCUGCAGAAGUUGAAGCAUCGGAACAUCGGCGAUCCGGUCGACGAUGAUCCAACAGCUGUCGUCGAACCUGGGCUCGGCACCGAGCUGGAGAUCGAAGUUCUGAGCAAGAUUUCCCGCAUGCUGACGGCGAACGAUUGUCUCGACAUAUGCAUCGACAUGUUCGUGAAGGUACGGUAUCGACGGGCAGCCAAAGCGCUCAUGCGGCUAAACCCAGAGUAUCUCAAAACCUACACGCCGGAAAAUAUCGACGAGAUGGAUUGGGAGUCGUUGGAAACGGCGAUCGCCCUAUGGAUCGACCACUUCGAACUCGCCGUAAAAACGGUAUUCGUCUCCGAAAAGGAUCUCUGCCGCCAAGUCCUCGGAAACGUCAUGGCCGGAGCCAUCUGGCCGGAGUGCUUCGUCAAGGUUGCCGACAAGAUCAUGGCGGUCUUUUUCCGAUUCGGCGAAGGCGUCGCGCGUAGCACCAAGGAGCCCCAGAAGUUAUUCAAACUCCUCGAAAUGUUCGACUCCCUCGAAAAGCUUAAACCCGAAUUCUCUGAGGUCUUCGACGGCGACGCCGGGGUAGAUAUCUGCUCGAGGUUCCGAGAGCUCGAAAAGCUUCUAAUCCAUAGCUCAAGUCGAGUCUUUUUCGAGUUUGGUCUGCAGAUCGAAGGCAACAUUCAGGACAGCCUCCUGCCGCCGCAAGACGGCUCAGUGCCGAAACUUGUGCGGUACGCCGUGAACUACCUCAACAACCUUACGACGGAGGGUUACAGUGCGACGAUGGCGCAGGUGCUCAAAACCGAGCAACUUUGGAAAGCCGGGAUCCUUUCGAACCCCGAAAACGAGCAAGAUCUGUUGAGGGAUGCAGUUUUGAAUGUUGUCGAGGCCAUCCAAAGGAACGUCGACUCGAAGAAAUCGCGGUACAAGGAUAAAAUCGCGCAGCAUAUCUUCGCGAUGAACACGUUUUGGUAUAUCUACAUGAGGAGUAGAAAUACCGAGCUCGGGAAGCUGUUGGGAGAGCCGCACAUGAAGAAAAGAUUCAGAUACGCCGCCGAGGAAUCAGCGUAUCUGUAUCAGAAACAAGCGUGGGGUGGUUUAGUUCGACUUUUGGACAUCGAGGACGUCAGAAUGUUGAAAGAUGGAAGAGGAGGGCUUGUUCGAGGAAAAAUCGAAGCUUUUAUGACAGCGUUCGACGAUAUGUGUCAGAAACAUCGGACAAUCUACAAGAUUGUCUCCGAUGCGGAUUUGAGGGCGCAGAUGAAGGAGGCGACGGUGAAGCUAGUCGUGCCGGCGUAUGCGGACUUUUAUGAUGCGUAUUCGCAGAUUCUUCCCCGGUCAAAGACAUAUCCUUCCCCGGAAAAGAUCGAAGAUCUGAUCGGGGAGAUCUUCGAGGGAAGUAAUGGAAAAUCGAAUACACGGAAAGACCGAAGGUCUCUUGAUAGACAACAGAUGUAA